CUGAUAUAUUCAUUGUUAUUGACAGAAGUAUACGAACGAAGUGCUGUCGUGUUGAUAGCAUUCAAAUCAUCAUCUAAUUCAAAGGUAUUUUUAUUUCAGAACUGAACCAGGUGGACAGAAUUGCUUAUUUAACGUCUUCAUGUUACUGAAUAUCGGUUUGAAAGAUAUGGGGUACAAACCAAGUUUUCUUGUUUUCUUGGCCUUUGGACAUGUUUUGUGCUUGGCGGCAGUGUUGGGCGACCUUACAUGCAUGGAUCCAGAAGGGAAUGCAGUUGACUGGUUUGCCAUGUAUAAGAUUCCACACCUUAAAGAUAACCCGGAUCCCCUCAUCAAAAUCGGUCUGGGGCAUGUAUAUAUGGACAUCAAUGCACCAAAGUGGCGGCCUAUGAAUGUCUCGUUGAACGCGACCUCGGGACACGCUUUAUAUUACACCUUAGAACAAAUGUACAGCCAGCACGACAGUGAUGACUUUGGUUAUAUUCUGUAUAAUGACGAUCCACCUGAGCAUCCCCCAUACAGUUUUAACUACGGGCACACAAAAGGUGUGUUAAUGCUGACACCAUCAAGAGGCGUCUGGCUGGUACACAGCUUACCACGGUUCCCCCCAGUCACAUCGUCCAGCUACUCCUACCCACACAACGGAUUGUACUAUGGACAAGCCUUUUUAUGUGUUACUUUUACUCCUGACGCAUUUGACAAAAUCGGUGGCCUGUUGCUGUACGACUACCCCCAUAUAUACGACCAGAAAUUGCCAAGUAGCCUUGCCCAAAAAUUCGAGAACUUGAGUCUGGUAGUACAAGGCAAAAACAUAUCUGGGUCCCCGGCUGACCAGAUCUUUCCUCUUAUCUCUGUCGGUGGUCAUGAUUUCCUUAGCUUUGGGAAAAGCAAGUUAUUGGAUAAAGAUCUGUACUACGACAUUGUUGCUCCUGCUUUGGAGUCUGACCUUCUGGUGGAAAGUUGGCAACACGAAAGCAUUAUUCCGUCAUACUGUGAGGGCAAAUACACGGUAGAAAAUGUCAACCUUAUCCAGCUCCCCAAUGGGAUAAAGUUCGAGGAAUACGAUGACCACGCAAAGUGGGCCAUCAGCAAAACUGCGGACAGCCAGGGUAAAAAGUGGACAUGUGUAGGGGAUAUUAACAGAGAAUAUGGCCAAUAUAAACGGGGUGGUGGAACACUGUGCUUCAGCAAUCCAGAUGUUUGGGAAGCAUUCCAUGGUACUAUAGCGGAAUAUAAACAAUGCAAAAAGGGUACAUCAUUGAAUUAAAGUGUUACGGUAACUGGUUUUGAAAUGCCAAGGAUCGAUAGUCAAGUGAUUUCAUAAUAGUCAAGCAGGGCAACUUAAAAUGCCUACAAAUGAUCUCUUCUUCUUAUUUAUUAUUUUUUUUUGGAGGGGGGGAAUCAAAAAUUUUC